GCGAGCUUGGUCAAAACCAAAACGCAAUCUGUCCGAGAGACACAGUUUGCUCUGACUAGAACUCAGCGACGCGUCGCUUUUUACGCACAGCGCGACGGCGCUAUUACGGCAGAGUCCGAGCAGUGUUUUAUCAUGUUAUGGUGAUUUAAUGUGCCACAUAUACCUGGGGGCAAUCUCGAACUAUCUGAAGUCGAUAUACGUUUUUCCCGGACCUACAGAGUUGCUUGAUGUCUCGCUUUUUUCGCGCGUAAAACCAGUUUGGUUUACUUGGAACUAAUUAAGCGCGAGUUGAAGUUUAUUUUUUCGAGGAUAUUUUAACUAAAACACUAAAAUGGAAAACAUUACAGCAUCUUCAAAGAACCACACUUUAGGCAUCUGGACAGACACCAGCAUUCAGUACAAAGUGAUAAGUAGUUUGCUGCUUCUCCUGAUUUGUGUUUUCGGAAUCGUUGGCAAUGUUAUGGUCAUCCUGGUGGUGCUCACCACCAAACACAUGAGGACUCCCACAAACUGUUAUCUGGUGAGUUUGGCUAUGGCUGAUCUGAUGGUGCUCAUAGCAGCUGGUUUGCCGGCAGUAUCGGACAGCAUCUUUGGAUCGUGGGUGUUCGGCCACUAUGGGUGCCUCUGCAUCACCUACUUUCAGUACCUCGGGAUCAACGCCUCCUCUUGCUCUAUAACAGCGUUCACCAUAGAGCGAUACAUCGCCAUCUGUCAUCCGAUUAAAGCUCAGUUUCUGUGCACUUUGUCCAGAGCAAAAAAGAUCAUUUUAUUUGUCUGGGCUUUUACUUCUAUUUACUGCGUGAUGUGGUUCUACCUGUCAGACAUCCAGGUGCUGGUGUACGACAACAUCACCAUCAUCACCUGCGGCUACAAAGUGCCCCGGCAGUUUUAUUUACCCAUUUACUUUUUUGAUUUCGGCGUCUUCUUCGUGGUGCCGUUGCUGCUUUCUGCGGUUCUGUACGGACUCAUCGCCAGGAUCCUCUGCCUGAACCCGCUGCCCUCCGACCACAAAGACAAGAAGAAGAAUGGACACAACAACCACACCAUCAAUAGGAGCACCAGCUGCAAAAACUCCCGUCACUCCAGCUCCACCGCGACCUCCCGCAGACAGGUGACCAAGAUGCUGGCAGUAGUGGUCAUCCUGUUUGCUGCACUCUGGAUGCCGUACCGCACUCUGGUAGUUGUCAACUCUUUCCUGGAGCAGGCCUAUCUGGACAACUGGUUCCUACUUUUUUGCCGGAUCUGCAUCUACCUCAACAGCGCCAUCAACCCGGUCAUCUACAACGCCAUGUCACAGAAGUUUCGCGCAGCCUUCCGCAAGAUUUGCCGCUGUGGGCGAAAGGGCUUGGAUAAGCCCGCCACCUACAGCGUGGCCCUCACCUACAGCGCCGUCAAGGAUACAUCCAUGGUGGAAAGCACUGACCACUUCACAACAGAGCUGGAGGAGCUCACUGUCACAGACGAGCUGCUGUCUGAGCAGAAAAUGAUGUUUCCAGACACAUGUGUGUAUGGAAAGGUGAAUUUCAGUGAUGCCUGAGGUUUGCUUCAGGCCAGAGAGAUGAUUCUGGGGGUCAGUCAAGGAUUAAAGAUUCUGAAAUUGUUGUUUAAUGGAGUCUGUUGUGUGGGGACAUUGUUUCCUGAGUGCCUGCUGACCUUUUCAAAAGGCAGGUAGCUGUGGCUAGAGAUGUAAACAUAGAUUAUAGCCGCUUUAAUGACAGUCUUUGAGGCACAAGGCCAAACACUGACAUCGGCAGAUAAACACUGCCAUAUCACGCUGCUGUUAACUUUUCUUGGACCUACCCACAUAAUAUACUGUGCACGAGUCAACAAAACAUGAAUGUGAACAAAAACACCGUUCCCACUUCAAACAUAUUGUGCUGUGUCACAGUCCAGACCAGCAUGGACGACUCCAACCAUCAGCAACGCAUGCCGGUGGCUCAAACGGCAGCAAGGAGUCCAAGUCUGACAUGAUAUGAACUCCAAUACCAAGAAAUCUUGUGAUGUGACGUCAGUAAACUGCACUCAACAUAUUCAUGUUCACCAACAGCCAGUCAGUGAUGCUUUAAUACCAAAGUCAUGACAGACCCAAAAAGCUGUCACGCCCACAAGUCCAGAUUGGAAGUGUAGAAUGCAGUCCUGUUUGGAAUGAAUGAAUCGACUGUACUGUACAUACUCAUGUCACAUUUUUCUCUGCUUCAAGAAAGUCUGUGCGACUUAUUAAUAAGGGUGUAUUUCCAGAAACCGUGUCCCUGUGCAGCGCUAAGAACUGUAUGCCACCCUGAUGUUUUCAGGGCAGGUGAUCCAUUAAAGUCACACCUGAACCUUCACGGACAAAACAGGUCUUAUUUUUUACCCUGCAGGACGAAUACAGCCACAAUCACAUUGUGAAAACCAAGACGGACUGUGCUGAGUGUUUGAAGAUAGAUUAGGUUUCUUGAUGGUGUGUGGACGGUUUCCACAGAGAACAACGUGUUCACUGAGAGACAAGAGGAAGAAGAGGAUGGAAAUCACAUUGUUACUUAAAUUUACUGUAAAAGUGCCAUGAAAAUUGUUUAUUUGCUGCUAUAGCCGCUACAGUUUUAUCCUGUUUCUAAUAAGGCCUAUGUCAUAAGGGGUUUAUGCUGUAAGCUGUCACUAAUGACAUCAUGUACAGAUCAAAAGUCAUCAUUAUAAUCCUUUAUAAUCUGUAACAACUUUUGCAUCCUUGUGGUUGUUGUACACUCCAGCAUAACUUGAUUUUCUUCUUAUGUUGCUGAUUCUUUCAUUUUUUUCAUGUAUUUGCAUGAAGUAACUACCUUUGUAUAUAUGAGCUUUCACUGUUAGUGGCAGUCUGCCACAGGCAUAAGGUAUUCAAAGAAAUGACACAUACAGUAUCUCACUUACCGUGUAGUAAAUGGGACUUGCAUCAUUUCAAAGAACACUUACUGUAUAAAAAAAAUAACCGGAGCUUGGUAGGUGAGACAGAGAAUGGUGAUGCUAUUUUCCUGUGCUUGUGCCAAAAUCUAUUAAAAACAAAAAUGGUGAUGAAGGUGAGGAUGAAAUUGCCCCAAUUGGGUACUUGCAAGUCGACUUAAAGAAUUAAAAACUCUUAAAUAUUGUUUCAGUGGGCAUGACAUUCACUUAGCUGCAUCUUACAGCAGCUAUGAGAUCGUUUACAGCCAAACAGAUCCUGCUUUCAAAAAGAAAUCAACAAAUAUGAACACAAAGAUAUUUAGUGAACAAUUAAAGUGACGUUCUUCAAAAAAAAGGUCUAGGAAGCAUCUCAGCUAAAGUCUACUUAUUAUUGACUUAUUAACUGUUUAAGUAAACUUGAUGGUUUAUUGCAGUAAAUUAAACUUGUUUGUUCAGUUGCACCUGUAACCAGGCCCGCUGGUGAUGUCGCUGGGUGCUGGCACACUCUAGAGUACAUCUGUACAUCAUUGCAGCACAAUGAGGAAAGUUAAGUCAUGAGCAAGAAAUUCACUGCUGUUAAGUUCUGAAGUCUGCAUAAAUUACUUCCUCAGAGUAUUAACACAUUUAUUAACUGCAGACACUUUACUGAUGUCAAGUCAGUGAUAUAAAAUUAUUAAUACAUAUUUACAUACAGUAUUAAGUACAAUUGAUAAACCCUUUAUAUAUAUAUAUAAUAUGUCUUAUCAAACAGCUUUAACUCUCAUGAUUCUCUCAUGGAUUACAAAAAUAUUUCUAAAUCUUGUUUGAGCAGCAGUGGUCGUAAACCUCGGUGUGAAAGCCUGUACAUUAAUGUAACAUACAGUUGAUACGUUUAAGCAUCAGUGCUGGCAAUUUCAAGUUGAGGCAAAGUGAACUUAGUGUUUUGUAUCAUGUGAUCUGUGAAUUUAACAAAGUGCCGCUUCUUAGCUGUGAACGCUGCCAGUAAGCCGAUGAACGUGUCUGGACAGACACGAGGUUUAGAUAUGCUGACGUUAUGUGGCAUUUUCUGCCAGGCAAAGGAAGAUGAAGCUCUUGCCCUGAAACUGGUGCAGUCAGUGGGGCUUCAUUCACUACUGUAUGUGGGAAAUGUAAAAUGCCAGUUUUUGUUUAAUGAGUGUACCAGUAUUUAUAGAUUCACGCACUCGUGUGUGUUCCCGGCCUAUUUAUAGUAAUUGUUAUUUAUGGUAACUCCUCUGUUUGUCAGGCAGAAAAGAGAAUUCAUCUGUAUUUUUAUGCACUCUUGCUUUCAUUAUUGCCUAUUAAAACAGAAAUAUUAUUUUGUGAUGCAGCAUUUGGAAGCUGCUGCUUUAGCCUUGCUUUUUAGAUUAGUGCGAUCCUGUGAGCACAGUAUGUUGAUGGGUAACUAAAAAUGGUUAAUUUCAACAGUAUGUUCCAAAUA